AUGAAAUCUGAAGAAAUGUCAAUGUGGAGGAGACUCCCGGAAGAGAAUCAGGCAGAUAUCUUUCUGAAAUUACCGGUGAAUUCAAUAUUAGCAUGUAGAUGUGUAUGCAAGAUUUGGUUUAAUCUACUUCGUAACCCUAAGUUUAUUAAGAAUCACCUUAAUCGAUCAAUUCGAAAUAAUAACAACCCUAGACUCAUGAUUGUUCAGCCUCAGUAUGGCAAGAACCCCAUCAUUAGCUCAGUAGAUUACAAAUCAAUUUCAUCUUCAUCUCCAUCAGAACUGAAAGUUGUUUCAAUAAAUUAUCCAUUUGAAAAUAAGGAAAUUGAGGGUAUUGUAACUCUGGGUUCUUGUAACGGAUUGAUUUGUUUGGGUAUUUCUACUGGAAAGGGUAUUGAGACGAAAAAUUAUAUUUGUAUUUGGAACCCAUCAACUGGUGAAUAUAAGACUAUCAAUCUACCAGUAUACGAAUGUGUGGCUGAAUCAAGUCCAAAAUCUUAUGAUGUUAGAAGUAGAUAUGGGUUCGGCUAUGAUGGUAACAUCGAUGAUUACAAGUUGGUGAAAAUGUCCUUCAAUGAAAGUCUUCUUAAUAGUUUCCCAAAGUUACAAACAAUUCAAGUGUUUGCGUUAGGAUCCAAGCGUUGGAAAACUAUUGAAUGCCCAGACCCGUACAUGUUUCCUAGUCGUCAGUUCAACAAAAUGCUCCCCGGGUUGCUUUUCAAUGGUGCUCUUCACUGGUCACCUGGUAUGACCACCAACCAAGGAACCAACUCUGAAGUUAUAGUUUGUUUCGAUAUAAACAGCGAGAGACUGAUGGAUGUUCCCUUACCUGAAGAACCUAGGCUACAUCUACGAAGUCGGAAUUCUUAUAAACAAGUGGGGCUACUGGGAGACUGCCUUUGUGUUGUGUUUCUUUAUUCCUUCCAGGCUGAUAUUUGGGUGAUGAAAGAUUAUGGAGUAAGUGAAUCUUGGACUAAAGUGUUAACCAUUUCCCAACUAACAAUGUUCACAGAUCCAUUUUUGAAGCCGUUAUGGGCUUUUGAAAACGGUGAUGUUCUAGUUCACUCUCGCAAAGAAUUGAGUUUAUGCAGUCAAAAUAAUGGAAUUAUAAAGGUUCUGCUCCAUGGUAAUCAUCCAGAGAGUUAUGUGGAGAGCCUGGUUUCUCUCAAAUCGGAUACUUAUGUGAAAAAAAGUACUACAAAUGGAAUAAGAAGGAACCCAAGCGACAGAGAUUGA